AAGAUGAAAAUUCAGUCAUUACAAUAACAAAGAACCAAAGACCUAAAACUAACUGCAAUCAAAAGAUAUUUCCACAAACUUUUGAGAGCUGCAUUGUGUCUUUGGUACAUUAUUUUAAGGAAAUAUGAACAAUCUAAAAAUUUUAGACCUUGGUGGUAACCAUUUCACUGGUUCUAUUCCUUCCACUCUACUACAUCUAACCAAUUUGGACAUCUUGAAUCUUGAUUCAAAUCUUUUAGAAGGUUCAAUACCCAUAGAGAUAGGGCAUUUAAAACUUUUGCGAUAUUUGGAUCUUUCCCAAAACAGAUUGUCUGGACCCAUCCCAACGCAACUUGCGAAUUGCUCCAUUUUAAGUGAGGUGUCAUUGAGCCACAAUUUCAUUAGUGGAGAGAUACCUUCACAACUGGGGGAUUUACUAUGGUUGAGAACCUUGAAUCUUAGUUACAAUGAUCUCUCAGGCCAAAUCCCAAAUAACUUGCGUUAUUUUCCAAAUAGCUCUUUCAUAGGCAACAAGGGAUUAGAGCAUCAUCUUACUUACCCAAGCAACAAAGUGCAGAGAUAUGUUAAAAUUAUUCUUCCUAUCACCAUUUUUCUUGCCAUGGUAUCUCUAGCACUGUUGUUGCUUUUUCAAAGAAUAAAUGGAUCUCAAAGCAAGGCAGCAUAUUCAAGUCCAACAAAAAAUGGAGAUAUAUUCUCAAUAUGGAACUUUGAUGGGAAGAUUGCAUAUGAAGACAUCAUUGCAGCAACUGAAGACUUCGACAUUAGGUAUUGCAUUGGUACCGGUGGUUAUGGUAGUGUUUACAGAGCACAGCUACCAAAUGGAAAAGUAGUUGCCUUAAAGAAACUUCAUAAGAGGGAAGCAGAGGAGCCAGCUUUUGACAAGAGUUUCAGAAAUGAGGUUAAGAUGUUGACAGAAAUACGACAUAGGAACAUCGUCAAGCUUCAUGGGUUUUGUCUCCAUAGACGAUGCAUGUUUUUGAUCUAUGAAUACAUGGAAAGGGGAAGCUUGUUCUGUGUCCUUAGAGAUGAUGCUGAAGCUAUGGAAUUGGAUUGGAUCAAAAGGCUGAAUAUCAUAAAAAACACAGCAUAUGCCUUGUGUUACCUUCACCACGACUGCAUCCCACCUAUCCUUCAUCGGGACAUAUCAACAAACAACAUUUUGCUGAACUCAGAGUUGGAGGCUUUUGUUUCUGACUUUGGAAAUGCUAGGCUUUUGGAUCCUGAUUCAUCUAAUCAUACUAUACUUGCAGGCACCUAUGGUUAUAUUGCCCCAGAACUUGCUUAUACAAUUGUUGUGACUGAGAAAUGUGAUGUUUAUAGCUUUGGGGUUGUAGCAUUGGAAGUGCUAAUGGGAAGGCAUCCUGGAGAACUGCUGACAUUGUUAUCAAAACCAUAUUCUUUGCAAAAUGUGAUGCUAAGUGAUGUAUUAGACACACGUCUAUCACCUCCAAGAAGCAGAACUGUUACCCAAAGCAUUGUUGUUGCUGUUAUGCUUGCAUUGGCUUGCUUGCAUGCAAAACCCAAGUCCAGACCAACAAUGAAAUAUGUGUCUCAACAAUUUGUUGCCCGCCAAAGGCAACUUUUGAAACCUUUUCCAACUAUUUCUCUAUUGGAACUUGUAAGUACUGAUUUGGGGAUGGAAAAUGGAAGAGAACCUCAACCAGAAGUUGUAUUGGAACUUGCAAAACUAAAUACUGAUUUGGGGAUGGAAAAUGAAGGAGAACCUCAUUCAGAAGUUUCAUGUCAUCCAGACAUGUUCGAUGGUUCUUCCUCAAAUUAGAUCCAAUUGAAUUUCCUUGUCCUUCUUUUUGGUUUUUUUUUUUAAAAUAAAUAUGGUUGUCUAUU